CUCGGCGCAGGUGCCCGGCGGGUCCCAGCGCGGCCCUAGAGCUUCUCCGGCGCCGUCCAUGGUGAAGGAGGUGCUGAAGGAGGUGCCGCCCGGGCUCCCAGCCGGCCUGCAAUGCGGGCUGCCACAAGGGCCACCCACGGCCGCUUCUUAGGGCGGACGGGGAUGCGCAGUCAGCGAGCGACUCUGGUCACAAGAGCAGUUUCGUUGAUGGGGCGCUCUGGGCUCAGCGAACCUGGAUUCACCUGUCCCUUGUACGCCCUGGGGAGCGGGCAUUGCCUCGUCUCCGCAGUAAGAAACAGAAGGUGUUCGGUGAUCUGAACGGGUCCCCAAGGGUCGUUACCGGCGGGGUAACCAAGAUUCAAACCUAGUGCCUGCAGAAUUCCCUCUCCCACCUCCACAUGGGACAAGCAGACUGCCUGGGCACUCUGUGAUCCACACCCUCCGCCGGGACCUGGCACCUCUGCCCAUGCAGCAUAUUGAGCUGGCCAACCGGGGAAACCCAGAGGAGCAGGACACAGAGAAACCAAAGAAAAGGAAAGGGGGCUGGCCUAAAGGCAAGAAAAGGAAACCCCCGAGGGAUCUUUCUGUUCCCCGUGCUCCUACCACAGGGUACGUCAUAUUCCUAAACGAACAGAGAAGCCAGCUGAGGGCCAAGCACCCAGAGCUGCCUUUUACGGAAAUCACGAAGAUGUUGGCUGCUCAGUGGGCUCAGCUGUCUCAGGAGAAAAAGCAAAGGUAUAUUUACGAGGCAGAUGAGGACAAACAGCGUUACAUCCGCGAGCUGCAGACCUACCAGAGCUCCGAGGCUUACCGAGCCUUCCUGCGGAGGCAGGCAGCACACAAGACGCAAGGGCUGUGCGGAACAGGUACACCAGGAAGUGAAUCUGAAAGCAAGGGCCUUGACUUCCUAGCAAUUGAUGGGCAUGGAAACAAGGACCUGUACUGUCAGACGUGCAGGCAGUUCUUCAGUUCUCUGCAUAACAAGAAAGAACACCUGCUGGGGAAGCAGCACCUGCAGACCCUCACAGGGGAAUUCGAAAAAGAUUCUGCCCAGUGCUUGAAGCAUCUGGGACCUCUGGAGGAAGAGGAAGGUCAGAAUUUGAAACAGGGGGACUCAGAGGAGAAAGCCGAGUGUCCUGAUCUCCCACAACUCGGAGCUCUGAUCCCAGAGAAGACCUUUGCUUCACUUGACUUGUGUUUCUUGCAAGAGUUUAUCUUCAAACUUCUGAAAAUCAAGGAAUAUGAGCUCAGAGAGCUGAGGAAGACUCUAGAAAGAGCUCAAGCAAAGCAGAUGGCCCUGCAGAGGCAGCUGGCUGAGUUUCAGAACCAGCAGCAGAGGCUGGAGGUGGAGCUCGCAGGCCUGAAGACCUAUGGGCUCAUCCUGGCCCAGGAGCUGGAGAACCUGAAUGUGGUGGUGAUGCUGUCCCACUUCGGCCUGCAGGUCGUGGACACGGGUGAGGCCCCCGGGCCGUUGCAGCCCCUCUCCCUGUGCACACACACGCUCCCUCCGGGUCCCCACUGGGCCCGAAAGCCCAGGCCUUGGGAGAUUCCUGUCGUUCACUCGCUCACUCGUGCCUGUGUCCCUGACUUCUUCGCUCAGUGCACGUUCCCGCGUGGCCAGCGCCUCCAGGCUCCAUGCUGGUGCUCGGGGCUUGGGGGGGGUGGAGAUGAACCGUGACACUGGUGAUCCGGAUUCCGGCACCACCAGGGGCCAGGUCCUGAGCUGGGCACCACGGGGCAUGAGGACAUCGAGAAGCCCCUGGUCUCAAGCUCUAAUCAGAUGGACAGACGCUGGUCCCUAGACUGUUGGGGUACAGCAUCCUGGCGGGGGCUGCCCUCCGUGGACAGAUGCCUUGUGGGAAGCAAUUACUUCUCCGUGGAAGGUGGGCUUCUGGAAGGACUUGACAUUCUGGGCAUUUCAGCUGGGCCCAGAAGGGCAGUCACAAACUCCUUAGCAAAGAAGGAAGCCCUGUUUUUGCAAAGGCAAGGAGGUUUGGAAACACAGCGUGAGGGAGGGACCCGGUGGACCUGCGCCAUGCUGCUGCAAAUACCCUUCCCUUUGAAGAAAAAUGUAUUUCCUUGUAAAAUAUUUAAACAUGACAGUUUGGAGGAACAUAAACCGUGAACAUUCUCCUUCAUGCUCUGCCCAGCCCCCAAUCUCUCCUCCUCCCCAGAAGGUUUUCCUAUUCACGUCUUCCUGCAGCGCCUCCCCUCCAGGGGUUUUUCUACACAGCUGUGAAUGGGGUGACAUUAAGUUCUGGUUAACAGGGGAGCUUCCUGGGAUACUGGCUGGCCUUGACCCAGAGCAGGGUCCUCCUCCCUCCACCCACUCCCCCACCCCCGCUUAGCCAGGCCUUAACCCCUUAGUUACUGGAUUGGGCUUGGGGUCCUGGGCUUUGGGAGGGCCCCUGGGCAGUGGCUGUUUACCAACCAGUCUGGCAGAUUUCAGUAUUAGCAGACCUGUUUUGACCUUUGGUGCACUACUGGCCAGCCACCAGCACUGUGCAGACGAGAACAGACGCAUCCGUCACAGCUGGUCUGUCUUCUACGAUUGGGAUAACACUGUGCACUCGCAUGCUGUUCUGCGCAUGUCUGAGAGAUCUCCCCUGUCUGGAUGUGUAACGACCCUCAUUUGACCUUGACGUGAUGUGGUGUAGCAGACCCCAGCUCACCAGGCCCCUGCUGAAGCACACUGAAGUGGGGACACCCAGGGUUUCACCAUCCCGAUGAAGCAGAGGGAGCAUUCCUUAAAUAGAGAAGCCUCAAGCCCAACGGCCCUGGCAGGGAGAGGUGUGGAGUAGGUUCUGCUGCUUCGGAAGCUUGGAGACCCCUGACCUCUCAUCUUGAGUGAGAGCGUUUGCCCUGGUUUUUUAUACUUCUAUACUGUAAGUGCAUAGGGGGAGGUGACCAGGCUUGAGUGCUCCUGAGCAUGGAGCGUUAUGCAGACUUGGGCUCCUACUAGAUACAGGAGGCAGGUAGGAGUGUGAUAAACCCACCUGCCAGUUCUCUGUUCCUGUGAGGCCUCUUAUCUUGCAAAUCGGAUCCAUUUGCUGCAGUUAUGACAAGGGCAGCUCCAGGGAGCAGAUGGAGGUUACUGUGGGGUCUGCUACUAUCCAGGCUUGCUCCAGUGAGCGUCCUUCCCAGGGAAACUGUGAUGGACGGACGGUGUUGGGCGCGGUGCCUGGACAGUAUAAUGUGAAAGAGACCGGCUUUCAGAAAGCGUUUA